AUGAAGCGUGAAAUGAGACACUGUGGGAAGACGCAAGCCCAAUACCAGGUGACAGUUAAGACCAAUGAGGCGUCGAGGAGAUGUCAGCUGACAGGAAGUUACCUCCUCUUGCCAGAACGAGACGCCAUAUUGCUCCAGGACAUCCAGACUGGUGUGACCGUCUACUGCUGGCCUUACCACCUCCUACGACGCUUCGGACAGGUCAAGGGGGGCUUCAGCAUCGAGGCGGGUCGUCGCUGUAGCUCGGGAGAGGGUCAUUUCACCUUCCUGUCCACGCACGCUCCUCAGAUCUACAAGGCCAUGGAAGAUGCUCUUACUCUGCACGGCGAGAUGGACAAUGAAGACACCAAGACCUCUAUCCAGCCUCCUAGCAACUCAUCCUCUCCACAACUUCCUCAUUCUUCCCCCUCUGCUCACUCUCCACGUAACUCAUCGUCUCCUCAACUUCCUCAUUCUUCCCCCUCUGCUCACUCUCCACGUAACUCAUCGUCUCCUCAACUUCCUCAUUCUUCCCCCUCUACUCAUCCUUCUUGUAAUUCCCCCUCCUCUUCUCAUCACCCUCCUAUCAAACACAGAGUCCACACCCAUACCCGCACUGAACUAUCAGACAGACCCGCUGCACCUCCUCUACCAAUGAGAAACAACCUCUUACCCAGCCCUCCAAUCAUAUCUCCUGUUACUGAACAGGUUCCGGGGCCUGAGCCAAUGGCUGACUCUGAUUGUGGUCUGUAUGCCACUAUAGUGGACCACCUCCUCCCCAGAAUGAAGCACCCGUCAGCCCCACUCAGGACGCAGCGCAGCCUGCAUCUCUAUGACGAGGAAGAGGAGGAAGAAGAGAGGUGCCACUCCCUGGAUACUGUCAACCUGAACAAACUGGGGCUGGGUACAGGCUGGGGGUGGGGCUGGGCCUGGGAGAGGGGUCUCCUUAUUACAACCUGAGAAGGGGUAUUACUGGGAGGGCAGAGGAGGAGGAGGAGGAGGAGGAGAGAGAGAGGGAGAGUGUGGUGGGUAGCUCACAGUGUAUCUAUGCUUUAGUGAGCAAGCCCUCUGAGACCCAGCCACUGCCUCUGGCCUUGUCCCUGCCUCAACCCCAAACCCAGUCCCGUUCUAUGCCAAACCUCUCCCGCCUGCAGACCCAGCUACAGGGGGAAGAGGAGAUGGGCUCGGGGGGCCCCAUCACCCCCAACCACGACCCUAUCAGUUUUAAACAGAAGCUCUCUGACAUCCUGGGUAAGGAUCUGGCUAAGUUACAGCAGCCCCUACCAGCAGCCCCAUCACCCCCAAACCAAGAGGCAGUGAAUACUAAUGUCUCCCGUUACUAAAAGACUAUGACUGAUAUACCAGCUCUAUCAGCUCUAUCAGAACUAGAUGACAUGGGGGGGUGACUGUUAUAUCAGCUCUAUCAGAACUAGAUGACAUGGGGAGGUGACUGGUAUACCAGCUCUAUCAGAACUAGAUGACAUGGGGGGGUGACUGUUAACCAGCUCUAUCAGAACUAGAUGACAUGGGGAGGUGACUGGUAUACCAGCUCUAUCAGAACUAGAUGACAUGGGGAGGUGACUGUUAUACCAGCUCUAUCAGAACUAGAUGACAUGGGGAGGUGACUGUUAUACCAGC